CAAAUUAUAUCUGUGUAAUUUACUUUACACAGAUUAAGUAGAGGUUAAGACAAAUAUUACCUAUUUCAUGAUUCUAAAAAGUAACAACGGCUUUUCACGAUUUUCCCUAUUAAGUUCUAUGCUGAAGAUUAGUGUUCUAUGUAAUGUGUGUUUUUGUUAUCGAUUUGUUAUUAUCCUACCUUAAGGGACGGCUUGCAUCAAGUUACAUUUUAUAGGCCAUUUUCGUGAUAUUGCCUGAUACCCACUUGGUACACAAUGAGCCAAAAAGAAAGAAUAAAGAAAGCUUUGGGAAUCUCUGUAUAUCCAUGGAGUUCUGAUGAGGAGUCAAAUUCUGAUGAACCAGCUGCACAAGCAACUGAGCAAAGUGUUGAACAGAUGGAAACUACAGAUCAGGCUGGCACUAGUGCCGUAUCACCAAAUGAAACUCCAAGUGGCGCAGCUGCGGCAGAUGCAAAGUCAGAUCCAGAAAACCUCAGAAGGUUAAGAAAUAUAUACUGGAAGAUGCUAAAUCUACCGAGGCAUAUGUUUGGCUCUCAGCAAAUAAACAGACGUGAUCUGGCCGAGAUGCGACGUUUAGGCCCCAACAUUCCGAUAUCAAGUAUAGAGCGCGUGAUCGCUAUCAACAGAGUGUCCGAUUGGAACAGAUUGAGAAGAGGCCUCGCUUCAAAUUCUAAUAAUGCCGAAGAAGAAGAAUCAUCAUCUGAUGAAACGCCUCAAGACAAUACGACGGCUCCGUCAACUUCUAGAAUGACACGAAGAGGCGGGAGGCGCGUUAUGCUCGCUGGGACGAGUCAACAAGCAGCCUCGUCCAACGAACGCGAGCGGCCGGAGCGACCUGCGUCUGCUCCCGGAACGGAAGGCUUUCAAAAUCAAAGCAGCACUUUGGAAACUAAUGAAAAUGAAGCAGCACCGGCGGAAGGGCGAGCGGCGACUCCUUCUCCGCAAUCGGAAGAAGAUCAAUCGGAUAAUGAAGAAGAGAGUGAUGACGGCGAAAGAAGAUCUCCGGAAGCCACCGCAGAGGAGGCGGCGGCCGAGCCCCCGGCCACCGCGGGAACCGCUGAAACGGUUGAAAAUGAACCGCGUCAGGCGAACGAGGAGGAAAACGAAGAAGAGAAUAACGCCAGUAAUAAUUCUGAUGAAGAGCAACGCCGCCGACGCAAGAGGAGGAGAAUAGUGGGUCAAGAGACGGCAAUCGCGUUGAAGAAGUUUAAUGAGAAGUUUCUGCGCGUUCUGGAAUGUCCGGUGUGCCUGGAGUGCAUGGCUCCACCGCUGAGGCAGUGCGGCCGCGGACAUUUACUGUGCUCGCGUUGUUGCUCCCGUCUCAACUCUUGCCCUCUCUGUCGCACGGGACUGUCGUCGGUGCGCAACCGGGCGAUGGAGGCCGUCGCCGAGCUGCUGAAGUACCCGUGUCGCCACGGAUGCGGACAGGAGAGGCGCUUGAAGCACCGCGAGGCCCACGAGGCGAAUUGCUCCUCGCGGAUCUACAAGUGCCCCGCCACGUCGUGCACCGAAGGCUCCUCCAUGACUCUAGGGGACCUGCCGAGGCAUCUGCAGACGCGUCACCCGGCCAUGGUGAAACGCAGCCCCCGGCACACGAUGAGGGUCCCGAUGAACCAGGAACACCGGGAGAACAUGGUGCUCAUGGUGGGGCCGGAGAUGUUCCACCUCAGGCUGGACGUGGAGCAGCGGCGAGGACUCCACGUACACGUCGCGUACUUGGGGCCGGUCACGCGCGCGAAAUACUUCGCUUACGAGGUGUCGGUGGACGGAGACGAAAUGCGUAAACUCGUGUACACCCGCGUGACGCACAGCGACCUCGAGUGUUCGUCGGUGAUCUUGCGCCGCGUGGAUUGCUUCCACCUCCCCUUGGCCCAAGCCCCCAACUAUUUGCGCUCUCAGCCCGGGAACAGCGAGGCGAACGCGGGACAUUUGGAGCUCACCGUUCAGAUACUGGUGAACGAGGAGAGGUGUACGAAUCUCAACGAGCCGGGUUCCUGAUUGGAGGGGAUCGUGUACGUCAGCGAAGGACGUAUCGUACGUUACGAGACGUGCCCCAUAGUGGACUAACUUAUUUGGACGUUUUAACUUGUGCUAAAGACUAAAGAAAUCAUUAUUCUAUCGGCCACCGGCUUUAAGCUGCCGUUGCACCACAGCGGGUUUUCACCCCAAACGAAAGAAAGCCGGUCUCGACGGUAGAAACACUCGAGGCUCGGCUAAGCAUGUUUAGAUAUUUAAGUUAUGUAAGAGAUCUCGAAGGAGACCACUUUGUCUUAGGAUUUGAAAGGACGCACAAAUCUGACUCCAAUGUGAUAUAAAAGUGCUCGGGUCGGAUGGGUGCGUUCAAUUAAUGCGUAGUCGUAGUCGUAAAUGUAUGAAAUGCAUUUAUUAUUUAAUGAUAGCGUAUUUGUAUGUUGUACAGUCUUCACUUGUAUUUUUGUCGACCUAAUUUAUUAUUCAUAUAGCCCGUGUAUAAAGAAUAGAUAUUUUAAAAACCUCAUGUAUUUUUAUAUUGUCAUAUUAUGUGCAAAUAAAGGAAUGAACCAAAAACGUGGACGUUAAAACAAUUUUAUUAAAUAAACCAUAAACUUAACACGUACAGAGGUUAUAUACAAAUGGUAAAUCACAGACAGAGUGAUCGUUUUGUCGAGGGCUAAAUGUAGUGUCACUAGUUAAGUUGUCAAUAUAAACAUUAUACAUUGCAAAUGUUUAGUCCAAUUUAAAGAUACUCGAGGUCCGUAUAGUUACGAAUCUCCCUUGUAAAUAUUUGAAAUUUUCUAGAAUAAAGACCCUUAAAAGUUAACGGUCGCGUCGAACAAAUCGAUUGUAUCUCGUCUCUGUAACUAAUUAUAAUUAACGUAAUUAAAUACACAUCUCAAAA